GACACGACUAUGGCUUCCUGAUUUAUAGGACUACAGUCAACGUGGUCACCGCGGCGACAGCGGUGCUUAACCUGCCGGCGCUACGCGACCGGGCUUACGUUCGCGCCGGAGGCAAGCAGUUCAUCUUUUACAAUCAUGCCGUCAGUUAUGGCAGCAUAAAGUUAUGGGACACGAUUCCUGUGAAGAAAGGAGACAACCUCUCCAUUCUCGUGGAGAACAUGGGAAGGGAGUGCUAUGGCAUCAUAAACCACGACGCGAAGGGGCUCACACAGGCCUACCUGGGGGGAUAUGCACUCAAGAACUGGACUAUUGAGGCCGUUCCCAUCAACAAGAAUCGAGACAUCAGCGAACUCCUACGCAUCGUUAGAAGACAGGGAAACGGAAGCGUUCCCGGUUUCUUCCACGGGACCUUCACCCUGAAAGAAGGACAGAAUCCUUCCGACACAUUCCUGAACCCGUCAGGAUGGAUCAAGGGCUUUGCCUUUAUCAACGGUUUCAACCUGGGCCGCUACUGGCCUCCUGCAGGACCGCAGGUGACGCUGUACGUGCCGGCCCCGUACAUCAGACCUCAUCCAGAAGAGAACCGUCUGCUACUCUUCGAGACGGAAGGAGCGCCAGCGAAUCGUACUGUCAUGUUGGUCGACAAACCGUUUCUGGACGCAGACAUUGCUCGCCCGAGGUCCUGAAGGCGGCUCUCGGCUAAUGCGAGAAACUGCGUUCUUCA